CUAUUCCUGUUGAAAAGGCUGGUUGGGCCCUCCCUUGCUGUUUCCAGCCUCCUCUCUCACUCUGAAGCAUCUGCCAGAGUCUCAGACUAGAAGGCCACCAUCAUUGUCACUGAAUACCUGCCCUACAGAAGCCCCAAUGAGAACCACGUCCCUGUUUCCAUCACUCCCUCUCCUUCUCCUGAGUGUGGUGACUACGUCUUACUCAGAAACUGAGAACGAUGAGAGCGUCCGCAAUACCUGCCCUGUGAUUGCCUGCAGUGCUCCAGGCAUGAAUGGCUUCCCUGGCAAAGAUGGCCGGGAUGGUGCCAAAGGAGAAAAGGGAGAACCAGGCCAAGGGCUCAGAGGCUUGCAAGGCCCUCCUGGAAAGGUGGGGCCCCCAGGACCCCCUGGGGUACCAGGAGCAGUGGGUCAAAAAGGAGACCGUGGAGGUAGUUCAGUUUAUCGUUAUGACAGUGGACCAGCUGAUGCAGAAAGACAAGCUCUGAGAUCAGAACUGGAGCAAGUCAAAAAUUGGCUACUCUUCUCAUUGGGGAAAAAAGUUGGAAAGAAGCUCUACUUGAUCAAAAACAAAGAAAUGACCUUUAACAGCGUGAAGAAUCUGUGUGCCCAGUUCCAGGGCUCUGUGGCCACCCCCAGGAAUGCUGAGGAGAACGAGGCCAUUCAGAGUUUGGUCUCGGCAGACAUCUUCCUGGGCUUCACAGAUGAGGUGACUGAAGGCAACUUUGUGGAUCUAGUAGGAAGGAGCAUGACCUACAAAAACUGGGCCGAGGGUGAACCCAACAAUGCUAACUCCGGGGAAAAUUGUGUGGUGCUCCUGAAAGAUGGCAAAUGGAAUGAUGUUCCGUGCUCCUUCUCCUAUCAGGCAGUCUGUGAGUUCCCUGCCUGAGGGAACAUGCCCCUCUAGCCUGGGUUCUCUCUUUCCUGUACCCCACAACCAUUUAAAAGAUAAAUUGUUAUCAAUUUCUCCAUA